AUGUCCACCACAGUAACCGAGCAGGAAGCGCCUCGCGUCGCCCUUAGCCGGGCGUUUGAUGAUAGCGUUCACGAGGGGUACAAAUAUACCAACUACCUUCCCGUCUACGACAACGUCACCAGACUACCCCCGACAGAGCCAUUCCCCUUCGAAGAUCGUGGCCAUCUAGCCGAAAAGUCCAAACCUCAUAUUCUCAACACAGGCAACCCGGAUGUCCAAAUCACAAAGCUGACUCCUCGUGUCGGGACUGAGAUUCGGGGUCUCCAGCUCGCGCAGUUGACAGAUACCCAGAAGAAUGAACUAGCUCUUUUGAUCGCUGAAAGAGGGGUUGUUGUGUUUCGGGGCCAGGAUUUCAAGGAUAUUGGGCCUGAGCGACAGAAAGAGUUUGCGGCUUAUUUUGGAAAGCUGCAUAUUCACCCCGUUGGUGCCCACGUCGAAGGCCACCUGGAAUUCCACAAUAUCUACCUUGGUCCAGACAACUUGUAUCGUGCACAACAGCGCUCGACCAAGUUGACAACAACAGGAUACCACUCAGACGUCUCAUACGAGCAUCAGCCACCCGGAAUCACCAUCUUGACUUUACUCAGUGUGCCAUCUUCCGGUGGUGACACUGGCUGGGUGUCUCAGGUUGCUGCCUAUGAACGUCUAUCAGACCCGAUCAAGACUCUACUCGAGGGUCUUCGAGCUGAGCAUAGCGGCUUUCCACAGGCGGAGAAUGCGCAGCGCGAUGGAAAGUUUGUCCGAAGAGAUCCUGUCAAGUCGGAGCAUCCUAUCGUUCGGGUUCAUCCUGUAACCGGCCAAAAAGCCCUCUAUGUCAAUCCCGGCUUCACCAAGCGCAUUAUCGGUCUCAAGGAUGAAGAGUCGGAUGCUAUACUCCAGCUUUUAUUCAAGCAUAUUUCACUCUCGCAGGACGUGCAGGUCCGCGUGAAAUGGGACGAUCGGACCGUCUCCCUUUGGGACAACAGAGUCACGGCCCACACAGCCAUUUCCGACUAUGAUGUUCACAACAUCGAAGAAGGCGGAGUGCGACAUGGGAUUCGUCUGACGACACUUGCUGAGAAACCUGUUGGGGUGAAUGGUUUGGAAAGUGUGUGGCAAUGA